AGAUAUAUGAUUCUCUGGUUAGGCACUUCACCAACUCUGUUCCGUACCUACUCCCCCGAAUCAACCGAGCUUAGCUUUCAGACUUCUCCAGUUCAGUACAAUACGCACGACCCUGUCAAGAAGAACCUUUUUCUUUCCCUAACCGUCUCUGUCGCUUGCACUGCCACCGCAAAAACAGAGAAAUGGCUGACAACGAACUCCAGAUUCCGACAAACCCUAGCUCUCUCAUUGUGAACAACCAUACCAAACUCUCCACCGACGACGAUGACGACGACCCUCCGACGCUGAGCUCUCAGGCCCUCGCCGCUCUGAAGGAGUUCCUGGCAGAGCCAAGCCUGUCCGCCUCCGAUACAGCCGGCGGAGGCGGCGAUUCGACUGUGGCUCUGGUCGCCGAAGACUGGAGACUCAGCCAGUUCUGGUACGACCGCGACACCGCCGAGACUCUCGCGCGUGAGGUUCGCGCUCUCUGCCAAUUGGCGGAAUCGGAAUCGGAAUCUGUGCGUGUCGCUUGCAUUGCUUGCCCUACUCUCUAUGCUUAUCUCAAGAAUGAUGAUGAUUCCAACGUAAGACUGCAACUUCUGGAAUACGACAAGCGUUUUGAGCAGUAUGGCAGCGAUUUCACGUUCUAUGAUUAUAAUCAACCUGAGGAGUUGCCUUUGGAACUAAAACAUGCUUUUCAUGUGGUUGUUGCAGACCCUCCUUACUUGAGUAAGGAGUGUCUUGAGAAAGUCGCCCAAACUAUUUCUUUUCUGGCGCGAUCUAGCGGGUCUUACUUGCUUCUGCUUACAGGAGAGGUGCAGAGAGAAAGAGCAGCUGAGCUUUUGGGGCUGCAUCCUUGUGGUUUUAGGCCUCGGCAUUUGAGCAAGCUAGGAAACGAGUUUCGACUGUUCACGAACUAUGAUCCCGAGACGAGACUAGGAGGGUGGGAGCGAAAGAAGUAGCUGAAUGAAGCCUUGUCUUAUUCGUUCGUUGAACUUGCCAGGCAAAUUGUUGAGUUCUGGGAAGAUGAAGAUGGCGUUUUAUUUUGGCUAUUGCAUCUUGCAAUACAACUCGAAACCAUACUGGAUAAAUGCAGUAUCAAUGGCUUUCUUGAGUUUCCAUGUCUUUGUGCUUCUUGUAGCUUUGCAUAUUUAUGUUUCUGAGAGUAAGUGGCAGAUUUUUAAUGUAUCUCGUUUUAUUUAGAUAAUAGCUAAAUUAUAUUCAUAUAUUCACCUCUAUAAUUCCUUAAAUACUCGUUGCGAUAUUUAGUGAUGUUUUGGGGUUUUUUUUUAACCGGUUUACUAUGUAACUUGCUUAUCCAAACUGAGAUGGUGGAUAUGAAAUGACAAUCUUUUUCAAAUA